AUGCGCAACGCGAUGGUACUUUCGGCGAAACGCGCUUUCUUUUUUUCGAGCGAGAGAGAACUCUUUAUUAUUCGCGCGCUCACGGGGAGGCAAAGAGAUUUCGUUUCCUCCUCGGCGUCCUCGUUUCCCCACGAACGAGCGGGGGCAAAGUUUGCGUGUUGGUCCUGUUUCACCGAACAACACUCCCAGGGGGGCAAAGAAGAAGACGACGGGGAAGAAGAGAUUUCGUUCUUUUGCAAAAAAUGCGCCGCGAUUAAGCACCCAAACGCGUUUCACGAAGUCUCCCACUACAGACUCUUAAGCGUCCCGGAACGGUUUUCAGUCGAUGUGAAACGAGUGGAACUUUCGAUGAAAAAUUUACAAAAAAUACUCCAUCCGGAUAAGUUUUCGAGCGCGGGACAGAUGAAGCGAGAGAAAGAGUACUCGGAAGAAAUCAGCGCGAGAGUGAACGAAGCGUACGGGAAGUUACGGGAUCCACUUUUACGGGCGAAGUAUUUGUUCGGUUUGAAAACGGGAGCGGCGUACGACAGCACGGAGGAGAAGGAGACGAACGGAGGAGAGGAAGAAGCGAGAGAAGAGGUGCCGCCAGAGUUACUUUUUUUGGUCAUGGAAGUUCGAGAGGCGAUUGAGGAAGCGGACGAGGACGGGGAGGAGUUGAUAAAGUUGAAAGAAGAGAACGAGGAGAGGAUGGAAGAGGCGGAAAGGCAAGUGGGAGAGGCGUUGGACGAUGAAGUGGAAUUCGACGCGGAGAAAGCGAGGAAGGCGAUUGUUGAGUUGACAUAUUUUGAGAAGAUCCGGAAAGAGAUCAUAGAGAGAUUGUGA